CUGCGACUCCCCGCACCGUUACCGGACCAUGGACGGAGAGGGGACGCCUUGGGCGGCGGAGGGGACGGGCGGAGAUUACGGCGGAGCAGCGUGCUGCGAGCGGGUGGUCAUUAACGUGUCGGGUUUACGGUUCGAGACCCAGGCUCGGACCCUGGGCCAGUUCCCGGACACGCUGCUGGGCGACCCGGGCCGCCGCAUGGGCUACUUCGACCCGCUCAGGAACGAGUACUUUUUCGACCGCAACCGGCCGAGUUUCGACGCGAUCCUGUACUAUUACCAGUCGGGAGGCAGGCUCAAGAGACCGGCCAACGUGCCGUUCGACAUCUUCUGCGAGGAGGUCAAGUUCUACGAGCUGGGGGAAGAGGCGACCCUCAAGUUCCGUGAGGAAGAGGGUCUGGUCAAAGAAGCUGAGAGACCCCUACCUGAGGAUGAGUUCAAACGCCAGGUCUGGCUCCUCUUUGAGUAUCCGGAGAGUUCGAGUCCCGCCCGGGGCAUCGCCAUCGUCUCGGUCUUGGUCAUCCUCAUCUCCAUCGUCAUCUUCUGCCUGGAGACCCUCCCCGAGUUCCGGGACGAGGACUUCCCGCCCGAUUUUAGCGGCGCUCCCGCCAACCAGACCCGGCGGCCGGCUGGCUGGCCCCUGGCCUCCACUUUCGGAGACCCCUUCUUCAUCGUGGAGACGGUGUGCAUCGUGUGGUUCUCCUUCGAGCUGCUGGUGCGUUUCUUCGCCUGCCCCAGCAAGCCCGCCUUCUUCCGCGACCUCAUGAACACCAUCGACGUGGUGUCCAUCGUGCCGUACUUCAUCACGCUCGGCACCGACCUGGCGCAUCGGCAGACGAACGGGCAGCAGGCCAUGUCGUUCGCCAUCCUGCGGACCAUCCGCCUGGUGCGGGUCUUCCGCAUCUUCAAGCUGUCGCGGCACUCCAAGGGCCUGCAGAUCCUGGGCCACACGCUGAGGGCCAGCAUGAGGGAGCUGGGCCUCCUCAUCUUCUUUCUCUUCAUUGGCGUGGUCCUCUUCUCCAGCGCCGUCUACUUCGCCGAGGCCGACGACCCCAAGUCGCAGUUCACCAGCAUCCCGGACGCUUUCUGGUGGGCGGUGGUCACCAUGACCACGGUGGGCUACGGGGACAUGAAGCCCAUCACGGUGGGCGGCAAGAUCGUCGGCUCCCUGUGCGCCAUCGCCGGGGUGCUCACCAUCGCCCUCCCGGUCCCCGUCAUCGUCUCCAACUUCAACUAUUUCUACCACCGGGAGACCGAGAGCGAGGAGCAAGCCCCGGCGUCCGUCACGGCUCCCACGAGUUGCCCGUCGCUUCUCCGCAAGCUCCGGCGACCCUCCUGCUCCUCCUCGUCGUUAGGCGCCAAGUCGGAGUAUGUGGAGAUGGACGAGAGCCUCCGCGAGUCCCUGUGCCUUAAAUCCAAAGGCAACGGCAAAGAGAGCACCAAACCCAACGCCUUGCACCUCAAAGCGCUGGAGACCGACGUGUGAGCACCGUUCGGCCGCUUCAGAUUCCCUUUAUCACCCUACUUUUUUUUAGGAAAAUAAAAAAAGAGAGAAAAUUGUUGUCAGUGCACGGUGCUCUCUCUCUCUCUCUCUCUCACCCCCCCCCCCA